GCCUCAGAUGUCAUUACCGGUAUUAAAAAGAGGUCUCCCUUCUUCUCCAAAGAAGAUCAACCAGUACAAAUCGUGCUACGACUUGGUUGACAAGUUGUACGCGGUGUCACCCAAGAACACCUUCCAUUUAGAAACUGCAUCAGCUACGGUAAUGACAAGAAACGAUAUACCAGAAGACGAUGACGAUGACGAUGACGAUGACAAUUACGGUGAGGUGAGUGAGUUUUAUGGCCCUGUUCUAAGUACCCCUAGUCCUAGCUCAUCUCCGUUUACCGAAACAAGUCAAGUCUACAACGACCUCGACAAUAUCUCCGUACACACCACCGAUACACAUUAUGAUGGAGGGGGUGGUGGAGGUCUUGGCUUCGAAUACAAGUUUCCUAACGGUGGAAAAAUCAAAUUGGGAAUGGGUGGUGGAGGUGGUUUUGAUUACGAUCAUAGAAACUCCACUGGGAAGCGGUCGUCUUCAAGCGGCAAAAGCUUUUCAAAGAAAUCAUCCCGAAUGCUUUGUGAAGAUACCACUAAAGCUAAGGGUUGGUUUAGCUGGAUGACGCCCACCUCUCGUAAACAAAAUAGCGUUAGAAAGAAGCUAAGCAAGUUUACUUUCAAGGGUCAGUCUGAUGAUGCUUCGAUACACUCGGGCUUAUUGUCAGGACCACCGACCCUUGGAUACAGUUCUAUUGGUGACCCAGAGGCUGGAAACUGUACACAACCCUCAUUAAACGAUCGCAUUGUUAUAACCAAGCAAGAUUUCACCAAUUAUGUUUUCAUUUCGCUUGGUAUCGACCAGUUCAAAAUUGAUUAUGAUCCAAUUUUUGAAAGGUACGGUAAGCAGCUUAUACGGGAUUUGAGUGUUUUUGAAGUAUUGCUCUGCUAUUUGGAUAGUUUUAUUUGGGUGAUGGGGACAUUGCUUGUGUACACAUCUGAAUUUUUGCAGAAUUCCCGAGAUUACAUCGUUACGGUGAUGCUUUUAAGCUUGAUCAACGUUAACCUACUAAACAACUCAAACUUUCAUCUCAGAAACAUCUUACUUCUGAAGAUAAUUUUAAAUGGAGUUAUUCUUAGCAUUCUAACUGUAUUAUGAUAUAUUUAUUUAAUGAACAUUUGUAAAAUUAGUAAAAUUUGCAACUGUUUCGUGUGAGCACAAAUCAUAACACUGGGUCUAUUAAAUAUUACUCUAUAAAUACACUAUCAUACAUAU